AGUCGAGUUGGUUACGAGUUACGACGCUCUCGCGCGCAUACUGGCAAAGUUCCCUCGUUACGAUGAAGUUUGCAUUUGCCCUAUUGGGGAUUGCGUCUUUAGCGACUGGUUUACAAUAUGACGGAUAUCGAGUGAAAUUCGGCUGGUCAGAUGCACUAGCGGAUAAAGAGUACUUCUUCAGUCUGCCGCGCGUUGUAAGCGAUGCUGAGGCGAAAGGUUGGCGACGAACCGAACGACCUCCGGGACCAUUACCUGAGCUUCGCAUGUACUGCUCCACAGGCAAGAAUGUUUGCCCGUUGUACGACACUGCUGGGUUCAUAGCAGGACUACAAGUUGCUAUACCAGUUGAAGGCUACGAAUAUCCUCCAUUCUGGGUACCGGAGAAAAAAUUUGUGAAAUGGGUUGCGAAAGCCUCACAUGGGGAACCAGAGAAGGAGUACUGGACUGCUACACAAUUCUACGUCUCCGAAGAAUCAUUGAAGGCAGGCGCCGGGCCAACUAUAGAGAACGGUGCGACGCUCCAAGAUGGCGGCGUAUGGGUAGCCGGCCCCGACAACCGCCUCAUGAGGAUACCAAGCACAGAGGGUGAACUUAACACCACCUCGUGGAAGAAACAAAACUGCAUACCUAACAUGGGUAUCCACUAUCACUAUAAUAUGACACCGGAUUUGAAGUGCGAGGAUCUGUUCCCCUGGUUCGCAACGACUACAGACACAGACCUAGCCGUCGUCGGCUUCCAGGUCAUUGGAAGAAUACCCAAACAAAAUCCUGACUGGUUCGAGAAAGUUCCGAAGGAUAGCGCACCGAUAACCAUCCCAUUAGCACCGCAAUGUCUUUACGACAAUGUUGAUAAGUACGGAGUUAUAUCAUUACAUAUUUAUUUCAUCGAUAAGCCGUGGACUAUCAAGUGCAAAGACGGUGAUUCAAUAAAAAAACCAGGCGUUGUCGCGCGAUUGAUGAUGAACAGUGCUAAAUACGCCAACAAAAUUGUUGAUGAAGUGAAGAAUGUUUUUGGCUGAUUUUAUAAUAUCUUCUGAACGCCAUAUUUUGAUAAUUUGGCACAUUACUUACUAUCCAUCAUUUGUAAAUAAUCAAAGUUUACAUACCUACUUUUUGUUUAAUAAACUGGUUUUUGUAAACAAUA